GUUCGUCACCACUUAUUUACCAGGGGUACGUGUCUGGAAUCCUGCCUCUUUUCGUUUCAAGUCUUCUGUUGCGGCUGCAACUCCAGAGAUGUGACCGAAAAGAUCCAGCCGACAGCAGUCGUCGAGCCCUGCCACGGAUGGAAACAAACAGCUGGAAGGACGUCGUUAAGAGAGUUGAGGAAAAAGCCGGAGUUCCACACGGGAGUAGGGGCCCGGCCGCAGCUCGGGCUGCGUAGAUGGAGCGCUUCCACUGGGUGCGACAUCGCUGUCGGCAGCUUCUGUCCAUAGACUCGGAGCGAGGCUGGUACUCUCCGCCUGAUGGCUUUCCGAGCAAAAGCUCCCUUCAAAGGGUCAGCGGCAAGAGGAGGACGGUGUUGGCCCGCCACGGCCCCCACCAGCAGGAAUAUGAAGCUGUGUCCAGGAAGUACAAGGGCAACGGCAUUCGCACAACGAAAUACAGUCUGUUGACAUUUAUCCCUAUGAACCUGUUCCAGCAGUUCCACAGGGCGGCCAACCUUUACUUCCUGUUCCUGGCGUUGCUUAACUGGGUUCCGAUUGUGGAGGCCUUUGAGAAGGAGAUCACAAUGAUCCCUCUACUGGUGGUUCUCACGGUUAUCGCCAUCAAAGAUGCACUGGAGGAUUACAGGCGGUACUUGUUUGACAAAAAGGUCAACAACAACUUGGUGCGCGUGUUCUGUGGCAAGCAGAAGUCCUACGUUGACCGGUGCUGGAGUGACGUGCGAGUCGGAGAUUUUGUCCGUUUGUCUUGUAACGAAAUCAUCCCGGCUGACCUACUGCUGCUGUACUCCUCUGACCCCCGUGGGGUCUGUUACAUUGAAACUGCAAACCUGGAUGGAGAGACCAACCUAAAACAAAGGCAGGUUGUGUCAGACAGUUCUCUACAGGGCUCAGACUUCACACCGGAAAGCUUCCACAGUCGCAUCGAGUGUGAGAACCCCAACAAUGACCUCAAUAGGUUCAAAGGUUACAUCGAGCACUCGGGUGAGGCUCGGGUUGGCCUUCACAGCAGCAACCUUCUUCUGAGGAGCUGCACCAUCCGCAACACCGAGACGGUGGUCGGCAUCGUGGUUUAUGCUGGUCAUGAGACCAAGGCCAUGAUGAACAACAGCGGGCCGAGGUACAAGCGCAGCCAGCUAGAGAAGCGUCUGAACACAGACGUCCUAUGGUGUGUUGCCCUCCUCAUCGUCAUGUGUCUGACUGCAGCUGUAGGUCAUGGCCUUUGGGUGAAGAACUAUAGACAUUCAGUGUUUCAGGUCGAUGGGGAGAUCUCUCCAGCCUUGGCUGGGUUCUAUGUGUUCUGGACUAUGAUCAUCGUACUCCAGGUGCUGAUUCCUAUUUCCCUUUAUGUGUCCAUUGAGAUCGUGAAGCUGGGUCAAAUCUACUUCAUCCACAAUGACUUGGACUUUUACAACGAACAGUUAGACUCCAGGAUCCAGUGCCGGGCCCUCAAUAUUACAGAAGACCUGGGUCAGAUCCAGUACUUGUUCUCAGACAAGACAGGAACACUGACGGAAAAUAAGAUGGUGUUCCGUAGAUGCAGCAUUUACGGAGUGGAAUAUCCUCACGUGGAAAACGCUCGGAGGUUGGAGGUGUACGAGGCAGAGCAAAACGAGGCAGCCGGACACACUGUGACUCUGAAGUCAGUCUGCAGUGGGAAAUCUAUGAGCUGUCGCUCCCUAAGCUGCAACCGUAGCUCUGUGUCUCUGCACACGCUCACUGCCGAGUCACCAGAGGAGGAGGACCAGCUGUCCAAUCAUGCUGCAGCGAGGACCGGUGCCUUCUGCAGCCGCAUGGCGAAAGACGUGGUCCCAGAUCCUGAGUUGGUGAGGAAACUGAAUAGUCUUUGCUCCUCCACUCUGCGACUCAGAGACAGCUCCACUGAGAGCCUAUCCACCCUGGAGCUCACCUACAUCACCGACUUCUUUCUGGCUCUGGCCAUUUGUAACAACGUGGUGGUGUCUUCACCUAGCCAACCCCGCCAUGUAGUUCCAGAAGCCCAAGCACCUCUGAAGUCUCUGGAGGAAAUUAAGUUGAUGUUUCAACGCCUGAACUUCUAUUCAUUCUCCACUCCCCAAAUCAAAGGCAGCCCUCGCAGUUUCACCAGCAAGUUGUUCACUCGUGGGAAGACUGGCUCCUUCAAUUUCAACACCCCUCCCAGCAACAGUAUUGAUGGGUCUGAUCUGGCUCUGGACACCAGCCAAGAAACUUGCACACUGAAGAGUAAAGUGGACUUGCCUGAUAGGUGGGAUGGAGAGGAUUCUGCAGCGAGGCGGAGCCUGGAGGAUCUGGAGAACUUAAGGGACUUAAAAGGAGACGGUGAUGGGGCCAAACAGAAUGUGGACCUUGACAGAGACGUACAGUCAGACGAGGACAGUGAUGAUGAGCUGCUGUACGAGGCAGAGAGUCCUGACGAGGCAGCUCUGGUCCACGCAGCCCGGGCGUACCACUGCACCCUGAGGGGCCGCUCGGCCAAGAGCCUGCUAGUGGACCUGCCGGGAAUCGGCUCUCUGGUUGUGCAGCUGCUCCACAUCCUGCCCUUUGACUCCAACAGGAAGAGGAUGUCUGUGGUGGUCCGCCACCCCCUGACAGGACAGGUGGUGGUAUACACCAAGGGAGCAGACUCUGUCAUCAUGGACUUGGCUGAAAAAAGGAAAGGUUCAGAACAGGCUCAGGAGAUCUACAAGCACAUCAGGCAGCAGACCCAGAAACACCUGGAUAUGUACGCUAGAGAAGGCCUCCGCACACUCUGCAUCGCUAAAAAGAUUCUGGAGGAAGACGAGUAUGAAGUUUGGCUUAAGAGACAGCUGCUGGCAGAGAGUAGCAUUGAGAACCAAGAGGAGCUGAUACUGGACUCGGCUGAGAGGCUGGAGAACGACCUCACUCUUCUGGGUUGCACGGGGAUCGUGGACAGGCUGCAGGAGGAUGUCCCGGAGACAAUUGAAGCCCUGCAGGAGGCCGGCAUCAAAGUGUGGGUUCUCACUGGAGACAAACAGGAGACGGCCGUCAACAUCGCCAAUGCCUGCAAACUCCUACUCUCCAACGACCGACUGCUGACCGCCAACUGUGGAAGCAAGGAUGCAUGUGCAGCCCUGCUUGAGGAGCUUUUAAUAGAAGUCCGACGUGAAGAAGACGGGGAGGAGUCUUCCUUGCACAGCACCAGCAACUUCAUCCUGGUUAUCGACGGCCGAACCCUGGAGUGGGCUCUGCAGGAUGAGCUGAAGGCCAGCUUCCUGGAGCUGAGCUGCAAAUGUAAGGCGGUCAUCUGCUGCCGGUCCACGCCGCUCCAGAAGAGCCAGGUGGUCCAACUGAUCCGGGACAAGAUUGGUGUCAUGACGCUGGCCGUGGGUGAUGGAGCGAAUGAUGUGAGCAUGAUUCAGGUAGCGGACGUCGGAAUCGGGAUAUCUGGUCAGGAGGGGAUGCAGGCUGUGAUGUCCAGUGACUUUGCCAUAUCCAGAUUCAAACACCUCAAGAAGCUGCUGCUGGUUCACGGCCACUGGUGUUACCACCGCCUUGCAAACAUGAUCCUGUACUUCAUCUACAAAAAUGUGAUGUACGUGAAUCUGCUGUUCUGGUAUCAGUUCUUCUGCGGGUUCUCUGGGAGCGUCAUGAUCAACUCCUGGGUGCUCAUCCUCUUCAAUCUGGUUUUCACCUCAGUUCCUCCCCUCAUCUACGGCAUCCUCGACCGAGACAUGCCUGCAGACACUCUGAUGAAGCUCCCUGAGCUCUAUGGAGCUGGAGGGACCACGAAGAUCUACAUUCCAGCCACGUUCUGGAUUACCAUCCUGGAUGCCUUUUACCAAAGCGUUGUUUGCUUCUUUGUGCCUUAUUUUGCACUGGCCGGAUCAGAUGUCGGAAUCCUGUCAUUCGGUUCGCCAAUCAACACCUCAGCUCUUCUCAUCAUCCUGCUGCAUCAAGUCAUUGAGAGCAACACGCUGACGUGGAUUCACAUGCUGGUGUUGCUGCUCAGUAUAGUCUUGUAUUUUGGCUUUGUGCUGAUCUACAGUGCCUUCUGCGUGGUUUGCAGCCACCCCACCAACCUUUUCAGGGUCGAAACAGUCCAGAUGUCCCAGCCUCUCUUCUACAUCAUCUGUGCUGUCACUACCUUCAUCGCUUUGUUACCAAGAAUGUUGUUCCGGGCUUUGUUCAACAGCCUUCACUCCUCUGCGACUCUGAGAUCAGCUCAAAGGGAUGAGGAGGCUGCAGAGCAGUACCGCCAAAGGAUGCAGCGCUGGAACAUGAAGCACACUAGCCCCAGCAGCCUGCCGGUCUGCGCAGAUAAUCCCGGACUGGAGCCCAGCGGGGACGAAGUGGUGUCCUGACCCCUCCUCAGCAGACAGACACAGAAGCUGACACUCAAACCAACGACUGAGAUUUUUUGUGCAAUAAAGUGUUAAUCUUGGAAAAACUCUACAGCUUCUUACAGCUCAAAGAGGACUGACUCUGCCACAUGCGACUGGAGCUGUAAAGUCCAACCAGCAGUUGAAAACCAGCCUCAGGUUUCAGCCACGAGGAAACUGGAACAGGAAAGACUGGGAUGCUAGUUGGCUCGUGUUUACAUACAUUCAUCCAUACAAUUUAGGAAUGUUACGACUGUUUACCUGCUCGGCUUGGGUAAAUGAAGGAAUAAUCUUUGUCCGACUGAAUUCCUUUUGGAGUCUGCCAUUUAUUUAUUCCUGUAAAAGAUUCAGGUUCUAUGAGAAUCAAGGCUAAAGCUCAACUGGACAGACAAGAAUCCAGUUUAAUGAAUGCAGUCUGAAUUAAUUACCCUUAAUUCAGAAAUGAACAUUUUCAAAGACUGACAGCACCGUUCUGGUGUUUAUAAGUGCCUCAUCGCUACUUUAUCAAGAAGAAUAAAAACAAUAAUGAAUUAAAGUGAAUUGUGCAACAUUUCAGUGACCUUUCAGAAUCUGGGCUCUUGACAUUGUCUCUUUUUAUGCCAGAUUGAAUGCAGUUUUAUUUCAUGUGAUAAUUUAGCUUUUGUACUGGACUUUGGUUCACUGAUUAGUUCUAAACUGAAAUAAAUUUUUCACUCACUAAA